GCAUCUGUCAGAUUUUAUAUAAAUAAAAACAAAGGUAUAGUGAAAGAACACAAAAAUUUACUUAACAAAUAUAAAAUAAGAUCUAAUAUGGCUCAUAUUCAAUUUAUUGAUGAAUUAGUUCGUGAAUACUUACUCUUCAGAGGAUUCUCUUCAACUGUAAAAGCGUUCGAUAACGACUUAAAAUCUGAUAAAGACAAGGGUUUUAGAGUUGACAAAAUAGUAGAACAAAUUGUACAUUAUAUUAAUGUCUCAGAUCUCGGUGGACUUAAAGAAUAUUGGUCCCAUUUAGACAGUUUAAUAUUCUCUAAGCUAGAAAUUCAUGUGCAACCUGCUGUACGUAAGAUAGAGUAUAGUUUAUACAAGCUAUAUUUAGUAACUGCAUCGCAAAAUACUGGAAGUGUCAGAAAUGAUAAAGUAGCAGAAUUCCUUUCUAAAAUGCUACCAGAGCUGCAAGGUCAGAGUGAAUGGAGAGAUUGGUUCAUGCUGCCUUAUGUACAAAAACCUGAGGAGAACCCAUCAUUUAGCCUCUAUUUUACAAGAACAUGGCAAGACAGUGUACUGGUGUCUCUGCAUAAUUUACUGGCUACAGUUUUUCAAUGUAUGCCACAGCCAACACUAACAAGUUAUGAAAAUGAUGCUGCUCUUGUUAAACGAUUGCAAGAUGAAAUCGCUGCAUUAAAAGGCAAAUCCCAGCAAUCAACUGAGAAAACAUCACCAAUAGGCCACCAAUCUCGUCUUGCUCAAUAUUCUGAACGUCUCACUGGACCUCUUCCAUUGGUUGAUGAUUUCUCUGCAAUACCUUCAGAACAAUUUGAAGGAGGAAUAAGAGAAGCACGAGGCUUAAGAGGAUUGUUACGACAAAUGGGUGGUAGUCCCUUUAUGGGCAGAAAACCUGGUAGAUCUCAAAGUCAAAAUUAAGGAGACAUUUAUUAUUAUACUAUUACUUAUAUAAAAUAAACAAAUAUCCUCAA